AUGUCCGGGUCCGGGUCCGGGAGCCCCUCCCGGUCCCAACGAAGGCCGCUUCACGGGCGUUCAGGAUCACAGUCCAACUCCCUUGCCAUCCGCAUCGUUCCCUACAGCCCCCCUCGCCCGAGCGACAAAAGCCGUGACUCCACCGCGUCAGCCUCGUCAUCACGCACACCGACGUCCACGACAGUCCUACUGUCUCCCAACCCAUCAGGACACGACCGCACUAGCUCGUCAUGGGCUGACGACCGCUCCGCCAGUCGUACGAGUGAUCGCUAUUCUCAUCGGCGCUCUUAUUCCUCCAGCAACCGAACGUCGGUCUUUUCGUCAGCUUCGUCUACCUUCCCGUUGGUUGCAGCCAAGGAGAGUGGUGUUUCAGGCUCGAAACUGCGAUCCGACUCCUUGCCCGGCGAACAGUCGUCCCCCACCACCCCUGUCCCUACCACUCCACCUCAUCAGACUGAUAUUACUACCAUUAAUGCGCGAUCCCGGUCCUCCCAGCGCAGUGACGACGACGAGUCUGUCACACCCUCAGCGAAGCGCCCCUUGUCCCGUCGCCACAAUCUCAUCGCCCUGAACGCUGAUGGUAAGACAUUCUCCCUCCUGCCACAGGGGCAACGGGCCGGAACCCAAGAAAACCACGGCUCUUCUUCCAAAGCCCCCACCUUAUCGUUGUCCACCACUACUUCGCAUGGGCGUGUUUCCGACGCCUUCAGUGAAAAUCGUCCCAGCUCGACAGUGACUUCCAUUCCGGACCGAAGCUUCUCAUCCACUCUCACCCCGGCAUCCUCAACCACGCAAUUAGCCGGUGAUCAUAUCACCACCGCAGCAGACUCCUCGUCGUCUCCUUGGAAUUAUCGAAUGGUCGGCGGGCUUCGCAAGGUUCCUAAUACCCCCGAUCUCAAGCAGGAGCAAAAGCCAACCCUCCUCUACCCUGAACCUGAACCGGUCGCGUCCUCUCCGUCGUCCCUGUUUGGCCCUCGCCUCGCGCCGCUCCCCGAAGCGCCUACUAUCAAUCCCCCUCUAUCCUCGGACACCCACGAUUUGCAGACCAAGACCUCUUUCCAGUCAUCAGCCGCUGCAUCAACGUCUUCAGAAAAGACAAAUUACAAACUCUACGCCUCUAAUUCCCCCCCGGCGACCGAUACCGAGAGCGUGAUUCAUGCACCGUCGACGACUUCCGAGACAACAAAUUACCAGUUGUACGGUUCCAGCUCACCCCCUUCGCCUGAGAGAGACGAGUCCUCUCAGCCGCCAUUAUCAAGUCAUUCCAACUACGUAGUCCUGGGUCGAUCCUCCCCCCCCGAGCCAUCAUCGGCCGAGAGAAGCCCUCCAAAGACUGCAGACAGCGAACAGAAUUACGUCUUGCAUGGCGCAUCGUCUCCGGCGCCAUCAUCUCUAGCUUCCAGCCGUCGUUCCCGAGUUCGGCCAGAAUAUUCGCAAGAAAGUCUUUUGGUGGCACCACUAAAACCCAACAAGAAGAAAAAGAAGAGACAUAACGAAAGAUUCGGUUACUACAAAUCGAAGUCAAGAGAUUCCUUGCGACGCGCAGCGUCGGCCAAAUCAAUUUCCGGUAACCUUACCCUCGAAGCUGCUCAAAGUUUCCUUGCGUCCCCUGCAGCAUUCUAUCGAUCUCGCGGCUUGACCGGCCAGCCCGAACGGCAGCCAGAGACAACAAGCGUGUCUGCUCCUGCUGUUGGCGUUGUCCCUGUUGCAUCCCACAUGAACGCUCACCCGCAUCAAUGGAGCUCACAACUGUCCACCGUUAUCUCGGAGAGUGAAGGAGGCAGCGAGCCUCCUUCCCGUUCUGUUUCUCCAUGGUCGGCGUCUGGGAGAAGGGGCAGCAUACCCCUGAGCAGUCAUAGCCGGCAGAUGCUCAGUAUUUCAUCAUCCCUCGCUGCCAACGAAGAGCUCUCACUGUCACACUCACGUUCUUUCACCGACUCUCUUGAACGCCCUCGAGCAACACACAGUCGUGGAAAUACUCUUCGCAUGGUGAGCGAUCAAGACGAGCACGGCGAUGGUUUGACAGAAUUGCACCAACUUCAUCAACGCCCGUCGCGAACCCGUCUUUCUAGUUUCCUUUCAAGUUCAUCUUCUGAUCGAAAUCUUCACUCCUCGGGGAGUUCUCGCGCUAACAGCCUGAACUCGACGUCCAUCCCAACCUGGGCCAAGUUUUACUAUGGAAGUGGCGAACGCAGAUUUCUCGCUAACUCUGGCGAUUCAAUGAUGUCGGACCCCAACGAUAGCCGACCGCCAAGCUCGUUCCAGAGCCAUUCGCCCAGCGUCGAACAUCUCCCCAUGAACAUCUACAGCCAACGGCGACGACCAAGGGAAGUCGACCCCGCCAAUCCCCGCCCACUAUCCGACGUAGGGUCCUUGGAGAUCGGCCAGGCGCCGCUGCAGAACCACCAAGUGCGCACCGGAUUGCGGAAGAAGACGUCGAGCAUAUGGUCGCCUCACUUGCGGCGUGAUCAACGGGCUGGCCGUUACAGUAUUUGGGAACCUCCCUCGAUGGCAUGGUCUGCAGAGAGCAGCAUUCUUGGCAAGCGAAACAUGCAAGUCACAUUGUUUGCCAUCGGGUUCAUCCUGCCGUUCGCAUGGAUGAUCGCUGCCUUCCUCCCGCUUCCCCCCGACCCUCAUGCCGAGAUGGCAGAGCACGACGACCGAUCGAGCUUACGGGACGACGGACGUAAUCUUCCUCGAAGAGUACUGGCAAUCGACGAGACGCUCUUCCAAAGUGCCCGGUGGUGGCGCGCACUGAAUAGGUACAUGUCAGUCGUUGGGCUGCUGGUCGUUGGCGCUAUCGCUGCCCUCGUCGUUGUGGGCGUCAAACAGGGUUGGGGCCAAAUGGCGUAG